AUGAUCAAGAGAGAGAGAAGAAAAUCAGCAGCUCAUAUUGGAGAAUGUAAUGAAAUAAUUCUUCUACAGUGCCUUCACUACGAGUAUGCGGUGCUUUUGGGAUCAGGCGGGCUUUUAGGCCAAUUAUCCGUGGAAAAAUCAUUAUUAUUGGCGAAACAUCGAAAAAUAAAGCAAAAUUAUUCUCUAAACAAUGAACUUAUGAUUCUGGAUUCUGCAAAUGCCAUGACAGAAGUAAUUCGAGAAUGUCAUAAUGGAGGUUCAACGAUGGAUCAGGUGCCCCCGGGUCAAAUACCGAGGCGCCCUGUUCCCAGUGCAACGGCAUGCCGUGAUAGCGAUCAAAAUUUAUGUAACGCUUUAUUCCCUCUUAAUAAUGACCAUGCCAAUAAUGCAGAUCCGAAGAAACCUUAUAAGGCCCACCAGGACUGCUAUAAAGCCACACAUUCGUCCAUUGCUACCAGGUUUUGUGCAUCAACUUGUGCCUUAUGUUGCAAAACUCUUCAGUUCAGCAGUUGUCCCGAUACUGCAAGCAAUUGCACACUAUUUGCGGAAAAUCCAGCUCUUUGUAGUAGUCCACAACUCUCCGCUUUUGCACUUGAAAGAUGUGCAAAAACUUGUGGAACGACUACUGUCGCCUCGUCGAACUGCAGAGAUGAAAGGGUCGAUUGCGCCCGUCACCAACAAUUCUGCCAUGUGCAUCCAUUUUCAUCGUAUUAUAACAUUUAUUGCCGUAAAACAUGUAAUUACUGCUGA